CUCGCGGGUUGUGGAGAGGAAUGGAGAAGCCAGUAAGCGCGUGCAGUUACACCUUGUACACAGAUGGCCGUGUGACUCCUAUCUUGUAAAUGAUGUACAUACAUUAGCGUCUGAAGGUAUCUGCAUGUAUAAGUGUAUAUACAUUUAUGUCGCCACAUCGACGGUUGACGGGGAAACCUGUACAUCAAAGAUCAGACCAACGAAAGGCAAGCAUCAUCUGUGUGGCACGUACCGUUAGACCUCCUGCCUGCUCUAGUAUAGAUUUAGAAAGACUCGACACUAGUUGGGAUUUUCAAACUUGGAUUUACCGACACGCACUAAUGGUGAAGCUCAAAUUUAAAAAAGGAUAUCAUUUGAAAAUGAGUCGUAUCUUGCAUAAUCUGAUGGAAUAUUGCUGUUAAAACAAUUAUAGGCAAUGAAGUGCAAUUUAAAGGUCGCUUGAGCAACGUUUGAAAUAAUUUGUGUAGCUACAUAACGGAAUAUAAAUUAUAGGGCUUGUUUAGCUAGCUUGCUAGCUGUCUGGGUUACCAGUUUGCCAAAAAAAUUCAGAACGGACGUUAACGAGAUGAUACAUUUAGGAUUUACCUGAGGAGAUUCACCUUAAGACUUUGAAGGAGAAGAUUAUCUAGAAGAGGAGGAAGAGGCCCUAGCUUCCCUCAGCUUCCCUCUCUUUCCCAGAGACAUUAAACACUCUCCUCUGCCUCAGCGUGUGUAUAUAGUAAGGUUGGCUGAGGUGAGGCUUUAUUGAGGUGCYUAUUGAGGUUAGUCCCCUUGGUAAGGUGCACAGGAAAGGGUAUGCACUUUAGGAGAUGGAGAGAAAGAAAGUAAGGACAUAAAGCUAGGACGGAGUGGAGAUAAGAAGCACUGUGCUGCUCAUCCUCUUUAUGCCUCUGUAAAGACUCUAAAGAAAGGAGAGAGGAGGACGGGAGCCUCUAGUGGCAGGGCCCAGCCCCGUAGUCACCAGCAACACUGGAAGAACAGCAGCCAGAGAACCUAGAAGCUGGGUAAGAAGAGGACCACAGAAAGAGAGGAGAGACGGGGACUGAACGAGAACCAGAGGGUCGGAGGAGGAGAGGACGGGGAGCAGGAGGGGCAUCCCCAUGGCGACGGACCCUGGAGAACCCACGGGGACAGAGGACUCCUCAGAGAAACCUGAUGGAGCGCGAGAGGAGGAGACGGAGCAGGAGGAUGGCAGGAGGGAAAGGACGCAAAGUACCCCCUCUGACUUCCCCUCCUCCCAGGCCCAGGAGAGGAGAGCCGCCGAGGGUAGGGAUACAGCAGAAGGACCAAGAGGAGGCGGAAGCAGAGGAGGGCGAGGAGAGAUGGAGGACAGAGAUGUUAAGGAAGAGGAGAUGCCUCCGUUUAGACCUAUGUCUCUCUCCACACCCUCAUCCCCGGCUGCGACCGUGGUGGCUUCAGGGUCAGGAGGUCAUGGGCCGAGGCUGAGGAGAGAGAAGCGUUUCUUCAGGAAGAGUGUGGAGAUCUGCGAGGAGGAGGACGAGGUGGCGGCAGACCCCCCAGAUGUGUCCCACUCCACCCCCCACCUGGAUUCAGUCUUCACCCUCACCGGGGCCCAGGCCCCUACCGCCWCCGCCGCCUCAGCUUCCGCAGCCCUAGGACACGACACCGCUCACCAUGACCCAUCCAGCCCCAGCACCACCCAGGACCCUGGGGCCAAGGACGCCCCCUCCUCCGCCCCUGCCCAGACGGGGAAGGAGAGGGACAGGGAGCAGGAGGAGGAGGCAGAGAUGAAGGCCAUGGCCACCUCGCCGGGGGGGAGGUUUCUGAAGUUUGACAUUGAGCUGGGGAGGGGAGCCUUUAAGACCGUUUACAAAGGCCUAGACACCGAGACCUGGGUGGAGGUGGCCUGGUGCGAACUACAGGACCGUAAGCUGACCAAGGCGGAGCAGCAACGUUUUAAGGAGGAGGCAGAGAUGCUGAAGGGACUCCAGCAUCCUAACAUUGUCCGUUUCUAUGACUCCUGGGAGUCAGUGCUGCGAGGGAAGAAGUGCAUCGUCCUGGUCACCGAACUCAUGACCUCGGGGACACUCAAAACGUAUCUGAAGCGCUUCAAGGUGAUGAAGCCUAAGGUCCUGAGGAGCUGGUGUCGUCAGAUCCUGAAGGGCCUUCACUUCCUCCACACCCGGACCCCUCCCAUCAUCCACAGAGACCUGAAGUGUGACAACAUCUUCAUCACGGGCCCCACCGGCUCCGUCAAGAUAGGAGACCUUGGACUGGCUACUCUCAUGAGGACCUCCUUUGCUAAGAGUGUCAUAGGUACUCCUGAGUUCAUGGCUCCAGAGAUGUACGAGGAACAUUAUGACGAGUCAGUGGACGUCUAUGCCUUUGGGAUGUGCAUGUUGGAGAUGGCCACCUCAGAAUACCCCUACUCAGAGUGCCAGAAUGCUGCACAGAUCUACCGUAAAGUCACCAGCGGUAUAAAACCAGCCAGCUUUGAUAAAGUCAACGACCCAGAGAUUAAAGAGAUCAUCGAAGGCUGCAUCCGCCAAGACAGAGAAUCCAGGCUGUCCAUCCGGGACCUGUUGACCCACGCCUUCUUUGGGGAGGACACUGGGGUGCGUGUGGAGCUGGCRGAGGAGGACAUGGGGUAUCAGGAGUGUCUGGCCCUCAGGAUCUGGGUGGAGGAUCCCAAGAAGCUGAAGGGAAAACACAAAGACAACGAGGCCAUUGAGUUCAGUUAUGACCUGGAGAAUGACAGCGCAGAAGAGGUGGCUCUGGAGAUGGUGAGAGAGGGGGAGAGAGAGAGGAGGGCUGGGGGGGACCUAGAGAACGAUAGAGGGGAGAGCAUUGUUUCAGCCAGCUGUGAGUCCUAUGCCAAUGGCCAGAGCCAGGCGUACCCUCAGCAACGGGAGUCCUACGUGCUUUCUCAAUCCAACCUCCCUGCUGCUGCUUCGGCAAUUUUGGCCCACACCAAAAUGUUCCCAAUUAGUCAGAGCAGAGGAGUUCCGAAUGUGCUUAUUGGUCAGAGUAGUGGGAUUUCCGGCAUGUCCAUUGGCCAAAGUGGUGGUGGGGCUUCUGAUGGUCAGCAGACUUACGUUCAGCCUGUUGCCAUGCCAACACAGGUUUCACCAGGUGUACCACAGCAGUAUUCACAGUCAUACCACUCAGAUGGGUCACAGAUUGCACUAAUGGCCSCUUCCCUGUCCUACGCACCCCCAGUCUCCCCCCAAGCCCAGCUCAACAUCCUCCCAGCUCCCAUGUUAGCGGGGGACCCAACAGGACGAGUGGGGGCCAUGGUCCCUCUUCCACAACAGGCCCAGGCCAACGUCACUCCCAAUGUCAUCCAGAUGACACCCCAGCCUUUAACCCAGCAAGCACUGCCUGACAUGAUCCCACAGCAGCAGACCAUUGUUCAACAACAACAACAGAUGCUGAUGGAGCAGCAGCAGCAGCAGCAAAUGGAGGCUCAACAAGCCGCCCUGCUUCAGCAUCAUCAACAACAACAUCAACAACAGGCCAGUGUAAUUCCCCAGAACCAGGCGGUACUGAUACAGCAACAGAUGGAACAACAACAGCAGCAGCAGCAACAGCAGACUAUAGCAAUCCAACAGCAGCAAACUACUGAGCCACAGCAGCAAGUGUAUGUGCAGCAAGCUUUGGUUCAGCAGCAGGCCUUACUACAACACCAACAAUCAAUGGAACAACAGCAGCAUCAGGCCUUACAACAACAACAACAAUCAAUGGAACAACAGCAGCAUCAGGCCUUACAACAACAACAAAAUAAGUGGAACAACCAGCAGCAUCAGGCCUUACAACAACAACAACAAUCAAUGGAACAACAGCAGCAUCAGGCCUUACAACAACAACAACAAUCAAUGGAACAACAGCAGCAUCAACAACAGGGGUUGUCAUUGCAGCAACAGCAAUUGGAUCAAACCCAAGCCUAUGCGCAACCACCGCAAAUCGACGUACAGCAACAACAGCAGCAACAACUGCAGCAGCAGCAACAGCAGCAAAUAUUGUUACUACACCAACAACACCAGAUAGAACAUCAGCAACAACAACAGGCAAUGUUACUAGAACAACAACAGCAAGGGUACAUACAACAGCAGCUUGAGCAACAGCAGCAACAGGCUUUGAUACAACAGCAACAACAGGCGCAACUACAACAGCACCAACUGGAGCAGCAGCAAGCGUUGUUACAACAGCAGAUAUUUGAGCAACAGCAGCAGCAAGCGCUGUUACAACAGCAGCAACAAGAGCAGCAGCAACAGCAAGCCUUAAAGCAACAGCAACAACAGGCACAACUACAACAGCACCAGCUAGAGCAACAGCAAGCGCUCCUACAGCAACAACAGCAUCAACAACAACAACAACUGGAGGCUCACCAAGUGAGCCAGAUACAACAACCACAAAUGGAUUUACAACAGCUGCAACAACAACAGCAAGCUGUGCUGAAACAACCGACCCAACUACAACAACAGGCGGUCGUCAGUCAUCCAAUCGACUCACAGCAAGCUGUGCUAAAGCAACAGUUGGAACAACAGCAAGCCAUGCUACAACAGCAACAGCUUCAACAGCAACAGGUGAUUUUACAGAAGCAGCAAUUGGAGCAACAACAGCAGCAAGCUCUGUUACAACAACAGAUUGAACAACAACGGCAACAGCAGGCACUGCUACUGCAACAACAAGCGGAGAGAAUUCACCAACAGGGUUUGCUACAAGAGCAGCAGCAACAGAUUCAACAACAGCAAGAGACUGGGCAAACGCAGCAGCACCAGCAAACCGCCAUAAUUCAAGUACAACAAAGCGAGAAACAAGAGACCGCUUUAAAUCUGCAACAAUGUGAGCAGCUGCAAGGAUUGAUUCAACAGCAACAGAUUGAUGUAUGUAUGUUGCAACAACAACAGCAAAACCCUGCUUUGUUUCCACCUAGUCACACUAGCCUAACCCAGCAGCAACUGACAGAACAACAGCAAGUGGUGCUGAUACAACAACAACAACAACAACAGCAACAAAAACAACCUAUCUUACUGGAGCAACAACAACAAGCAUACGUUGCCCAGCAACAUCAGCAGCACCAUCAGAGCUCUGUCAUUGAACCUCAGCCUCAGAUCCCCCUUAUAGCCCCAGCCAUACCAGCAGCAGAGGUUAUACAGGCCAUUCAGGUCCAAGCUCAGAUGGCCGCCCAGGGUCAGGAAGUGAUACCUGUAGCCAUUCAGCUACAGAUUUCCAGCCAAGCUCUACCGGCUGUAGUGCAAGCCCAUGCCCAAGUCCUGGCCCAGAUUCAAGCUCGGAAUGAAGCUCACCCUCAGAGCCAGGGUAAUGUCUCAGUCCCAGUACUCCAAGCCCAGCCUCAGCCUCCACACCAAGCCCAGCCCCAGAUGAUCGAGGUCCAGAUUCCAUCUCACAUGGUGGCCCCAAUCCAGGCACCAAGUCCUCCGAUCCCUAUCCAGCCUCAGGUUCCUCUGGUACAGGCUCCCCAUCAGAUGCCAGCUCUAAUACAGGCCCAGGCGCCAGGGCAGUCAGUUAUCCAGCAGACUCCCCAGCCUUUGCACCUAACCCAGGCCCUGACUCAGACUCAGAUUCCAGAAGUUCUUGAGACUCAGAUGAUGCCUCCUAAGCAGCAGAGCACAGCUCUGGUSCAACCCCAACCUCCAGUCUCAAUACCCCUCAUGCAAAGCCAGGUCCAGCCUCAACCCCAGCACCAGUCUCUAGUGCAGCCCAGUGUUCAACUUCCAGAGGUGGUGCAGCCUCAACUCCAGCACCAGGCUCCGGCCAGCCUAUUGGCACCGCAGUAUGUCACUGCACUUCAGCCCACCCAACAGCAAACCAUGCAGCCAGUCCAACACCAACAACAGGACAUCACUCAACAAGUACCACAACAACAACAACAACAGCAGAUACUGAUGGAUCAACAUCAGGACAUCACUCAACAAGUACCACAACAACAACAACAACAACAGCAACAGCAGAUACUGAUGGAUCAACAACAGGACAUCACUCAACAAGUACCACAACAACAACAACAACAGCAACAGCAGAUACUGAUGGAUCAACAACAGUCCAUGCUGCAGAACCAGCAGAUGAUGCUGUCCCCUGGAUCUGUUGGUGUUGGAACUGUCCUUUCAGCCCCUGCAGCCAAGGUCCUAGCCCCUAACACCUUGGUCUCUGCUUCGUCCCAACACAUACAACAACAGACUGGACAAGCUCCAGCCCACAUCCAGCUGGCUCUGCAGUCCCUUYCCCCUCAGCAGCAGCAAGUCUCAAUUCCCCCUCUCAACCCAAGUCAACUGGCUUCUCCGCUUCCUCAGAUCCCCGCACAUCUGUUGCCCCAGCAGCCCACUGUUAACCCAGCACAGAUAGCAGUCCCCAGUAACGUGCCCCAGCUCGGGACUCAGACUAGAGCCCUACCCCUCUACAGUCAGGUAGGAGCAGGAGGUCCUCCACCAUCCCCCCAGCACCAGGCUCAGCUGACGCAGCCGCUACCCGCCCACACACACACCCAGACGGCCAUGCAAGCUCUCGCAAACACUCACACCCAGACACUGGUCCACACCGAGACCCAGCUCGCUGAGGCCACAUCGGAGGCUGCCACCACCGAGCAACAGCACCCUCCGAAUCCCCCCCAGGCUACUUUCCUCCCUCUUCCACACAUGUCCCCCUGCCCCACUCAUACAGCAUCUCACCCCCACCCUGCCUUCCUGCCACCCCUCCAUCCUGCUACCCCUGGCCCAGAGACCCAGCCCACCCCACCAGAGAGUCAGCUAACCCUGCAUGGCCUGGCUGAUGGUCCCCCGGGCCCCACUUCUCUCCCGCCUGUUGCCGCCGCUGCUGCCCAGCCCCUUGAUUCUAACGCCCCCUCGCUGCUGCCCCCAACCUCAACCUCGCUCCCAGACUGUGACCCUGCUCUGCUGAGCAUUGCUCAGGAGAGUCCGAAACAGUCUGGCACAGAGAGACACUCCACUUCAGGCUCUGUUCCAGCCGAUGGGGAUUUACAGAUGUUGGCCAAUGGGAAAMUAGAGAGGGUGAAGUCUCAGAGGAGAUUGUCCUAUCGGGGGCCAGAAAAAGGAUYACAUGCAUUUCAACUGACCAUGAUUCAGGUGUCCGGCUCUGGGGACAACAUGGUGGAGUGUCAGCUGGAAACCCACAGUAACAAGAUGGUCACCUUCAAGUUUGACACCGAGGGAGACGCACCUGAAGACAUUGCAGAUUACAUGGUGGAGGAGGAUUUUGUCCGUGAAUCAGAGAAAGAGACAUUCGUGGAAGAGCUGAGGUCCAUUGUCAAGAGAACGCAGGAAAUUCUCCUCACACAUCAACAGUGGACGGGGAACAGUCGUCUCCGGUGGGCAGAUGGAGGUUCUUCAUCAACCAGACAAUCAGACACAGAGACUCCACAUCAAACCAGGGAGGAGCGUCAACCCCUCCACCUCUCUCGCCCGGCGAGGUCAGGGUGCCUCAGUCUACAGACACUGACCGAGAGUGGGAUGGAGGAUCCCAGAGAUCGGACUCCUCCUUUGCUGAAAUGGUUUCCUCUCCUCCUAUCUGCCCCACCUCCACCUUGUGUGCCCUGGCCUCUGCCUCCUCCCCCCCUGCCUCCACCUGCGUCUCCACCGUUCCUACCCCUGCCUCCAUGUCUGCCCCCCCAGCCACUGCUGCCCCCACUCCUGACACGACUGCCUCUGCUGCCUCUGACAGAAGUGUUUCUGACCUGGCUUCUACUAGUGCAGCUGUUGCCUCAGUCCUACACCCAGUCCCCGCUGCCUCAGCUGGGCCAAGGCCCAAGCCUGGGGGAUGUAGUAACGGUGGCAGCCCCAGGGCAGUGUGUGUCUGGUGGGGGCCACUCAUUCACCGGCUCCAUCCACCCUCCAGUGGCUGUGGCUACAGAUGUGGCUUCUCCUCCUGCCAGCCAUGCAGUUCUGGAGCAGCAGCAAAACACUCUGCCUCAGAUUCAGUGCAUGGCAGCCCAGCCUCAGGCCCUGCCUCAGAUUCAGUGCAUGGCAGCCCAGCCUCAAGCCCUGCCUCAGGCCCAGGUCCAGUUACAACAGCAGCUCCAGACAAUGCAACAGGUACAGCAGCAGCAACAGCAACAACAACAACAAAACCUGCAGGCUGUGCAACUCCAACAGGUACAGCAACAACAGCAAGAGUACCAAGAGCAGAUACAACUGCAGCAGCAGCAGCAGCAACAAGCGUUGCAAAAAUCUAUUGAACAGUUGCAGAUGCUGCAACAGCAACAACUACAGCCACAACAACAACAACAACAGMAGCAGCAGCAGCAGUCUCAGCUAMAUUUACAGCCCCAGCUCAGUCAGACAAAGCCAUUACAAAAACAGUGUAUGUCCCUGCAACCACAGACAGAGAUGUUGCCACUGCAACAGCCACAGCUACCACAACAACAACAGCCACAGCUACACCAGUUACCACAACAACAACAACAACAGCAACAGGCAGCGAUUGACCUGCAGCAACAGCAUCAGCAACAGUUAGGUCUGGAACAGGCACUAGAUAUUCAGCAGCAACAGGAAAUGCUCCAACAACAACAACAACAGUCUUUUAUGGCUGGAACUGCCAUACAGGGAGAUGUGUUGCAGCAGCAACCUGCGCUGCUAGCCCAGUCAGUGAACCAACAGUAUGUCCAACAACAACCAGUACAGCUACUAAACAUGGCACUGGUGCAACAACAGCAAGCUCAUCAACAACAACAACAACAACAGCAACAAGAGGUUAACCCUCAGCAGAAGCAGCAGGUGCCCCAGCAGGAGCAGCCGUCGUUCCAACAGUCAGAGUGGGAGCUGUCUACAUGGGAGGCCAUUGUGACCGAGGAUAAAGUCAGUCACUCUGCACCCCUACACCACUCCUCAGACUCCACUCUGCCCCUCAACAUUAACACAACCUCCGAUGCCCCCCUAUACCCUCUCUCCCUCACCCUGACACCCUCCCCGGUCCAACCAUCCUCUGUGGCUGAGUCGGACAGCGAGGGCCCUCCCAAAAUCGAGUUUGUAGACAACCGCAUUAAGACUCUGGAUGAAAAGCUGAGGAACUUGUUGUAUCAGGAGUAUAGUAGUGGGGCAGCUGUGACGGGGGGAGCUGCUGUGGUUUCUACCGCAGGUCCCACCGCAGUGUCAGCAGCCUCCACAUCGGCAGGAGGGGAUGAAUCCUCGGAGCCGCACUCGCUCCAUCCCUCCUCCUUCCCUACUCCUGCCUCCUCCUCCUCAGACACCUCUCCUCAUUCCUCCUCCUCCACCACCUCCUCCACCUCCUCCCGCUCCUCCUCUACCUCUCCUGACCUGGAGAGGGGGAGAGGAGUGGGGGAGGAGGCUCCUCCAACAGGCCCGGUGGAGCAGCAGCCCGCCCCGUCUCUCUCCUCCGCCUCCCCCCCUUCCUCUCCCCUGGCCCCGCCACAUGGAGACUCUGCCGGGCCACCGCCUAUCCCUGGAGAACCCACCGUUCUUGCUGCCCCCUCUCACUCUGACACCAGUACCCCAGGAGAAGUCACUACGUGGCCCCCCAAUCUGCACCCCAUCCCCCUGGGCCAUGGACCGCCACAGCAUAAUGCAGGAGGUGGAUAUUUUGGCCUAAACCUGACAUGUCCUAGUAUCAGAAAUCCCGUUAGCAAGAAAUCCUGGACUCGCAAAUUCAAAAGCUGGGCGUGCAAACUGCGCCACUCCGCCAGCUUGUUCAAGAAGCCCAGAGUCAAGCAAGAUGGUCACUCUAGAGGCAGCCAGGCAGUCAGAGAGGGAGCUUCCUCCAACCCUACCCACUCACUCAAAGGACGAUUUCGGGUCACCGCAGUGCCCCAGCUCCCCGAGGCCUCUCCCCCCAAAGAGGCAGCCUCCGGUAUAGGCAGCAGUCACAGGAAAGUGGGGCGCUUCUCUGUCACCCAGACGGAGGCCCAAAGAGAGGAGAAAGAGCUAACAGACAGCUCCCCUGUGUCUCCUGACCUGGAGAGAGAAAGGAGGAGGGCCCGAGGGAAAGAGGGAGAGGAAGGGAAGAAGAAUCCAGCACUGAGCCACCCACCCCGAGGACAUGGGCAUGGUCACUCACCCCUAGGCAGUAGUGAUGAUGAGGAGAGUGAAAUGGGGGGUGAAGACCUGAGGAAGGAGCUGCACAAGCUGAGAGAGAAACACAUCAAGGAGGUGGUGUCCCUGCAGGCUCAGCAGAACACAGAGCUCCAGGAGCUGUACAAACAGCUCCGCUCCCUCAAAGAGCACCGGCCUACCCUGCCUCUGCCUCGCACCCCAACCCUUCCCUCGGGAGCGUCAGCCCUCUCCCCCCGCAGGCCCCGCCCGGCCAAAGCCAAGCUCCGACCCAGACCCCACUCCCACAUAGACAACAAUGGAGUCACUGGUCACCCUGGUAUCCAGCAGUCCAGUAGUUUUUCAGGCGGAGAACAGAGCAGACUACCACCGUACUGCAACCCAGAACACACCAGUCUACUGACUACUAAAAGAGACCACAGUCCUCCCUCCCAAGGUGCCAGGAAGAGCACGUUCACAGAUGACUUGCACAGACUGGUUGAUGAUUGGACGAAGGAGACAGUGGGUCCCACCCAUCCCAAGCCCUCGCUCAAUCAGAUCAAGCAGAUUCAGCAGGUGCAGGAGUUGAGAGGCUGGCCAAAGCCCACAGAGGUGGCUCCUCCAGGUUGGUUCCCUGUGGCACCACUGAACCCCCAGGCCUCCCCAGCCCCAGCUCAGUACACUGCUGGGRGGAGCCUGAGCCAGUGGAGCGGGGUGGGGGGACCACCAGGAUCACAGCAACAACAACAAAUACACAUGCCUCAAGUCCCACAGCUGCAGCAAAGUUUACAUCUCCAGCAAGCCCAGCCUCCUCACCCAUUACAGAUACAGCCCUUUCAGCAAUCACCUCUAUGCCUACAACAACAGCCCCUAAUCCAGACUCCACUACUGUCUCAGUCCCCGGCUCCUGUACAGCCACAGACUGGGCAACAACAGAUACCCAAUCAGCCCAAUGUAGGUGUAGGAGCCUCACCACAGAAUCAGAAUCAACCUAUGUUGCCUUCCCAGAUACCCCAAAUGGCCCCGUCAUCUCAGCUGGACCUAGCCCAGCCUGGGUGUCUGAUUCCUGGGUCUAGCACAACCAUGGUGGUGGGAACCAUAGACACUGGACCUGCUGCUGCUGCCACCGGUGGCCCCGGAGGGACAUUCUGCUCCUCCUCCUGCUGCUCUGCUGCUGCUCAACCAUCCAGUGCCAAACUUCACCCCACGCCCCCAACCUCAACUCUUCCUCUGGGACAGCAGUGAAAUGAAGAAAAUAUAAAAAGGGAAGAGUGAUGUUGAUUAUGAUGGAACGAGGGAAGGAGAAAAAAGAUGGAGAGUGUGUAUGUUAUGAGAGGUAAUGUCUGAGAAUGAGAAAAUGGAAGCCAGUGGGUUUGUAAAGAUGAGAUGGGGAGUGCAUGAGAGAGAUGGUUGAGUCUAUGUAGAGUAUACAUUUACAUUUACAUUUAAGUCAUUGGGGAAAUUUGGAACUCUGGGUGGGUUAUUGUUGUAUUUGAGUGUUGAGAUGUACAAACUUACAUAACGUUUGUGUGUGUGUGUGUUUGUGUUGCCAUUGAUUUUCUCAAUACAUAUCUCUUGUGUGUUUUGACACCAAGUAACAGUCAUGUUAUUUUUUAAAUACAACUAAGUUGGACCCUGAACUCUUCUCCCAAGCAGAGACAUGAAGGAACACAAACAUUAGGAAAUUAUUAUUGUAUUUUUUAUUUGUCAAUGCUUACUUAUAUUGAAAAGGACUAUGGAUUUUAGAAGUGCAAUUACUAACUGUCAUCUAAAUGUUAUCAUCCUGUAUUGUCGUGAUUUGUCUGUAAGGCAUUUAACAAAAUAUUUUUGUAGAAGCACGUUGACAACAUUCAACCAGACAUUUACAAGCCAAUACAGUGAGCCAACAUCUUACAUGAAUAUAGCACAAAUGUUUCAACAGGCUACCAAUGAGAUGUAAAGCAGUUACAACAACAGCAUGUUACAGUAACACCACGGAGCAUGGUAAUAGUGGUGCUACCUGGCUAUUAUCACUACCACAAUGUCACUAAGCAUACUGUUGUACGGUGUAGUGCACUGGCAAGGCAUGUACUUUGUGUAUUGUUAUAUUUUACAUUGAUAAGUAGUGGUAACAACUAGGUUAGAAGAUUCAAAAUAACAAGUUGAUGAGUAACAUGAUUAAAUUCUGAUCAAUUGAUUUCCUUAAUACACUGAUAAAUUUAUUUAAUUGAUGAAUAUGUUCAGUGGGCUUUCAUUUAAAUCUUACUGAAUAAACACACUCGAGACUAAGACUGCAUGAUCUUACGGCUACAACAUACCUUGACUUGCCUGAAUUUAGUGCAAUCUACUUACACGUGUGCUUAUAUAUUUAUCACGUCUGCUGCUGUGCACAACAGAACUCCGAGGUAACUUAUUGAUCAGGAAUAAAUCAAUGUUUUAUUUGAGCUAAAAUAAAUACAUUUGUUUUAGAUAAAUGUUUUAUUUCCUCUACCAGUCUCAGCCCUGCAUAUUGAAGGUGUCAUCUAAGGAAAACAAUGAUGAGAAAACAAACAAAAUGCCAAGUAAUUUCAUGGUAAUGGAGAACCCAUGUAAAUGUAUAGGGGCUGUUCUCAUAUUGCCUUUUUGAAUUAAUACUUUACUGUGUGUGUGACUGUGCACCAAAAACGUGGACUAUGUACAAGAAGUGCUAUAGUUUCUAAACGGUUCACCCUAUAUGAUGAAAAUACCCUCAGAUUAAAGCUGACAGUCUGCACUUUAACCGUAUAUUAAUUGUAUAAUUUCCAAUCCAAAGUGCUGGAGUAUAGAGCCGAAACAACACAUAAUGUGUCACUGUCUCAAUACUUUUAGAACUCACUGUAUGAGACAGACUGCUUCAUAUUGAAUUGAAAACUCACCCUAAAACUACUGAAAGUGGAAGGACGAAAACAAAACAUUGACAUUUCUAUUGGGGAGCUAAAACAGUUUGUGCUUACGCUUAUGGUUGUUCGAAAAGUAAAACCGUUACAAAUUGCAUAUGAAUAUAGAGUUUAACAUAAUGGUUUUCAGUAUUUGUUGUUUUUUUAUUCAUUUUUUUAUGAGACAACCUACAUUUUCACAGUAAUAUAGUUGCUAACUAUUAGUGGAGUGGAGGAAGUUACUGUGCUGUCAAGUCAAUACUAACAUGUUGACCAUAUGUCACCGCUUAAUGAUAUUCACGAAAAGGAAAUGUGGAACUCACCCUUUCCUGAAGUGUUACCAAAAUGUAAUCUAAAAGAAGAAAAUAUUAUUUUUGUAUUUCGAAAUGGGGUUGUACAAAAUGUAAAAUUGUGUUCUUCUGAUCAACAUUUAAAAUCUGAGGUUAUCUGAUACUAGAAAACAUUGGUUCUCAUCUCUGUUGAUGGAGUCCCCUCCAUGCAUAUAUUAUGUUCCUCUUAGAGUAUGUGUUGAAACAGAGCAACAUCAUGUUUCAAUUACGAGAGGUUUUGUCAGCGUGGAUAUAAUCAUAGGGAUAUCUCAACUUGCUUUAUCUCUAUGGUAAUAUUGUCUUACAUUUCACAUCUUGACUCACUGAACAAACAACAAAACAUUAUCAAGGGGCAGGCAUAGACUAUCUAUAGGCCAUUGGGAUCUUCUAUAUGACACAUACUUGAGUGUCCAGAUAUUACACUAGAUUGGGAACCAAUGAUUUAUAAAGAUAUUUAAACAGAAAAAAUAUAUAAAUAAAACGUAUGUUGCUGGUGAUUUAGCCUCUGUAAAAUGUUAACUAAUUUAAUUGUUGAUUUUAUUUAUGUUUUGUAACUAAUCAAAAAUAAAUGGUGUUAAACAUCAAACUGUUAA